AUGCCUUUUGGUCUGUGUAAUGCUCUAGCCACAUUUCAAAUAUGUAUGCUGUCUAUUUUUUCUGAUGUGACUAGAAAAUGCAUGGAAAUUUUUAUGGACGAUUUUUCUAUUUUUGGUGAAUCAUCUGAUGAAUGCUUAAAUCAUUUACAACAUGUACUUGAGAAAUGUAUAGAGAAAAAAUUAGUUUUGAGUUAGGAGAAAUCACAUUUUAUGGUUAGAGAGGGAGUUGUGUUGGGUCAUAUUGUGAGUGAAAGGGGUUUAGAGGUGGAUAGAGCAAAAAUUGAUAUUAUAUCUAAAAUGAAACCUCCAAAUUUAGUAAAACAGAUUAGAUCUUUCUUAGGUCAUGCAGGUUAUUAUAGAAAAUUUAUUCAAGAUUUUUUGAAAAUUUCUAAACCUCUUAUUAAUUUAAAGAUGUGCCUUUUAAUUUUGAUGAUAAAUGUUUUGAGUCUUUUCUGAAAUAAAAAGAUUACUUACUGAGGCACUCAUUUUACAAGCUCCUGAUUAGUCCUUUACUUUUGAAAUAAUGUGUGAUGUAUCGAAUUAUGCAGUGGGGGCCAUUCUAUGACAAACAAAAGAGUCAAAACCUAUAGUAAUUUCAUAUGCUAAUAAAACUAUAUCUGAUGCUCAAUUAAAUUAUACCACGACUGAAAAAAAGUUGUUAGCUAUAGUAUUUUUGUUAGAAAGGUUUAGAUCAUAUAUUUUGGGAGCUAAAAUUAUUAUUUAUACUGAUCAUGCAAUAUUAAAAUAUUUGUUAAAUAAGAAAGAUGCAAAGUCACAUUUAUUAAGAUGAAUUUUAUUGUUGUAGGAAUUUGACUUAGAAAUAAAAGAUAAAAAAAGUUUUGAGAAUGUUGUUGCUGACCAUCUUUCUAGAUUAAGUGAUACAAGAAUAAAUGCAGCACUUUUACAAGACGCAUUUCUAGAUGAACAAUUGAUGGCAGCUCAACAUCAACCAUCACCAUGGUAUGCACAUAUUGUUAACUUUCUGAUUUCUGGAAAAAUUUCAGAGUAGUGGGAUAAGAACAGAAAACAUCAUUUCUUUUCUAAGAUUAUAAAUUAUUUUUGGCAUGAUCUUGAUUUAUAUUACUUAGGCAAUGAUCAAAUUUUAGGGAGAUGUGUUCCUAAAGAAGAAUAUCAUAGCAUUAUUAACAUGUGCUAUUCAUCAAACUAUGGAGGACAUUUUUCUUGAGAAAAAAUAGCUGCAAAAAAUUUUCAGUGUGGUUUUUAUUGGCCUACAAUCAUUAGAGAUUCUAUAGAAUUUAGUAGAACAUGUAUUUCAUGCCAAUCUAUAGGUAACAUAAGUAAAAAAGAUUAAAUGCCCAUGAGUAACAUGUUAGUAGUCGAAAUUUUUGAUGUAUGGGGAAUAGAUUUCAUGGGUCACUUCCCAUCAGCUGAAAAAUAUGAAUAUAUUUUGCUUGCUAUUGAUUAUGUGUCGAAGUGGGUGGAAGUUAUUCCUACUAGAACUAAUGAUCAUAAAAUCGUGAUGAAAUUUGUGCAGGAAAAUAUUUUUUCGAGAUUUGGAUGUCCUAGAGUGAUUAUUAAUGAUGAAGGAACAUAUUUUACAAAUAAACAUUUUAAGGAACUAUUGAAAAAGAAUGGAGUACACCAUAGAGUAGCCACUCCAUAUCAUCCCCAAACAAAUGGGUAA